AUGAAGCAUCUCGCAGCUUACCUUCUCCUCGGCCUAGCUGGCAACAGCUCUCCCUCCGCCAAAGACAUCAACGCUGUCCUCUCUUCCGUCGGUAUCGAUGCCGAUGAGGAGCGUGUCGAGAAGCUCCUCGGUGAGCUCAAGGGCAAGGACCUCCAGGAAUUGAUCUCUGAGGGUUCCGCCAAGCUCGCCUCCGUCCCAUCUGGCGGUGCUGGCGGCUCUGGUGGCGCUCCUGCCGCCGGUGGUGCUGGUGGUGCUCCUGCUGAGGAGGCCAAGGAGGAGGCCAAGGAGGAGGAGGAGGAAGCCUCCGAUGAGGACAUGGGCUUCGGUCUCUUCGAUUAA